UGUGUACCUGUGCUUCAAUCAGCCUCUGAAAUUCGUUUCGAAGUCCGUCGUUUGAGCAGUUUGAGCUACUAUUUACUUGUGUCCAACAUCACCCCUCACCUCGACAAAGGCACCUAGCUGUGUGUUGACCUACUGUAUUGCGCACUUUUCCGAGGAAGACUUCGCGCGAACUCAGAGUAUAGCGGAAGACGGCGGAAGGUGUAAGCAGAAGCGGGCACAUAUAGUGGGAAACUGUACAGGUACACAGAGUUUGCCGUGGAGGUGUGCCUAUAGAGCGAAGAAACUUUUCUAAAACUAUCGUGGACAAUUCAUUUGCAGACAUCAUCCAAGAAGGACUGUAGCCUACAUUUUAUUUAUAUUGUUGACCAGUUUUCCCAAAGUAGGUUAGAGGGGGAAAAAAAACAACCUACUGUUUAAUUUCGAGAGAUAGCGGGGCAGGAAUACCUCGGGAAUCUACACCAUGCCGCGAGCCUUUCUUGUGAAAAAAACUAAUAAUUCACCCGGCAAGAGAAACUGGAGCGAUCUACCAGACCAUGAGCGCGGUGACAUUUAUAUUCCAGCCUCAAUGUCUCCCCUUGCUCUGCGAGAGGAGACAGAAGCCAGUCCUGCAGAGGUGGCUCUGUGCCUGUCCACACGCAAGGACCACAGCAUUUACACAAAAAACCAGAUGUACACAUAUGACCCCUCUGCAGUGGUUCCUGCAGCUGAGCUCCCAUCCUGCACUGCUCUGGGGCAGCAUCAGAGUCCAGAGACAGAGCACAUUCGAAGCUCACACAACAAUACAUAUGUCCGCAAUAAAAUAAAGGUGACCACAGGUGAGCUUCCCACAGAGGCUCCACCCACCAUCCCUAUUAUCACUGCAGAUCCACCUGUUUCUAUUGCAUCACCUUGCCCCCCGUUCGAAACUAAGCCAUCCUCAGUGCAGUCAGGUGGCAGCACCUAUGUUUGCCAGGUGUGUCAAAAAGUCUUUCAAUUCCAGCGCAUGCUAAACAGACACCUGAAAUGCCAUAGUGACCAGAAGAGACACUUGUGUGACUUCUGCGGAAAGGGCUUUAACGAUACCUUCGACCUCAAAAGGCAUGUCCGCACACACACAGGUGUUCGUCCAUAUAAGUGUGAUCUUUGUGAGAAGGCCUUCACCCAGCGCUGCUCUCUGGAGUCCCACAUGAAAAAGAUUCAUGGUGUCACACAGCAGUAUGCUUAUAAAGAGCGUCGCAGCAAGCUAUACGUCUGUGAAGAGUGUGGCCAUACGGCAUCAACCCAGGAUGCACUGCUGCAACACCUACACAGUGAACAUCCAGACAGUGCCCUCCUGCAGGGCAAGGGGACACGAAGACAGUCAGCAGCAGUGAACUCUACCAAAGACGAGACCUCCCAACCUGGUUCCCCUCUCUCCCAUUAUAGUGAUGAUUGUAUGUGACUCCUCUAAAUGUAGGAUCAGGGUAGAGGUAGAACAAGGAUUAAUUUUUAUAAGCGAGGGUGAUUAAUGUGCAUUUUGAUGACAUAUUGUUUCAUUCAAGGUACAGAUAUAAGGGAAGGGGGAGUUUGAAAAAGGAAUGUCAAGACAUCAAUACUAUUAUGUGUUGUGAUGUUUUUAUGGCAGUAAGCUGAGAUUAAGUUUACACUUUUGCUGCAGAAUCAGGCUGUACUUUUCCCUGUGAAUCUACACAAUAGCAGACAAACAUGUCUUCAGCAUAAGUAUGCACUACUUCAGUUUACAUACAUAUUAUUAUUAUUAUUAUUAUUAUUAUUAUUAUUAAAAUAGGUGAGAUGAAACACCUCUCAGGAGAAAUGUAUAGAUGAAUGUGACAUAAAAUAGUUUGCAUUUGUACUGUGGGAAAACAAUGCUAUGUAGCAGUGUUCCAACACUAAAAUAAUACUAUUAUGAACUCUGCAGGGACUGAGUUACAUAUCAGUGCUCUGUUUUUUUCUUUCUUUUUUCUUUUUUUGUGGUCUAUUUUUGUGAAUGUUUGGAAAUAGGGAUUUCUUAAAAGGGAAUUGAAUGUAUGUUGUUAUUAAUUACUGCUUUUUGUAAUAUAUACAUGCAUAGAUUUAUCAUAAAAACAGAUUUAUAUUUAUCUUGGUGUAGUUUUAUAUUUUUCUUGGUAGAUAUGAACAUUUUGCUAUACAUUUUAUACUUUUAUUGUCGCGUGUAAGUAUCAGCCUUUCUGUAAUGCUUGUGUUUUCGGGUUGCAUGAUUUUUUUUUUGGUACUUUUUUACAUUCAAAAAUCAUAAACAUCUGUGACAUUCUAUUUAGGUGAUCAUCAAAGAGUGUGUGAACACACACACCUCCACAAUAAAUGUUUUUUAGU